AUGACACAUAAACCAUCUUGUAGAGUCAUUUUUGUACGCCAUGGGCAAACCGAAUGGUCGAAAAGUGGACAAUACACCUCCACCACCAAUCUAGAUUUAACACCAUUUGGUGUUAAGCAAAUGAGAGCUACGGGGAAGAGUCUUAUUGGGCAUGAUCCGUUAAAUAUGAUCAACCCUAAAAACAUCACUCAUGUUUUCACUAGUCCCCGAUCAAGAGCAAUACUCACUACUCAGGCACUCCUUGAGCAUAUCCACCAGGAACUUACGGCUCCAGUUCUUCUUGAUGAUGAUUUGGCUGAAUGGAGAUACGGUGAAUAUGAAGGUAUGAAGACUGACGAAAUCAGGAAAAGUAGGAAAGAUAGAGGCAUUGAUGCGCCAGAUCAUAGAUGGACCAUUUGGGAAGACGGAUGUGAAGGCGGUGAGGACUAUAAAGACGUCACCAAAAGAUUGGACCGAUUCAUUCUGCGUAUUUUGGAAAUUCAUGGCAAAUACUUGAAGGAAUCUGAGCCAAGCGAUAUCCUUGUGGUUGCACAUGGUCAUAUUUUGAGAUGCUUGGUAGCUAGAUGGGUGCAUCGGGAGUUGAAUAAAGAUCCCCAAUUGAUAUUGGAUGCUGGUGGUGUUGGUGUUUUAAGUUAUCAGCAUAAUAACAUUGAGGAGCCUGCAAUUUAUUUAGCUGGCGCAUUCACUAUUCCCGUUCACGAAAUGGGCGAAGACGUUUAA